UCUAUAAAAUAAAUGGAAGAUAUCAUUUCCAAAGAGAAGAAUAUUGAAUCCAGUCUAAAUGACUUAAUGAAGAACCUGUCUUCAUAUCAUCAACUAAACUGGAGUUUUCUGACGUGGUAUGUCUAUUUCGAACCAAUCGUCUACCCCAGAGAUAAUGAGUCCUUUUCUAAUUACUCAAAAGUAGAGGAGAUUAUUUGAAAUUAUACAAGAAAAUGCAGAGAAAUCACUAAGCUUCAGAAGGCUUGCCAGAAUUUAGAGAAAAUAAGCGACCUUUGGAUUAUUGGAAGUAAACACAGAUAUAAGGAAAGUAUUAAAAUAUAUAAUGUGUAUCCUUUGCUCUCCAAAGUUACAAGAGUCCUCAAGUUUGAAGAAUUGAUGAUCCAAAGGAAAUGGUUCCAAAGAAUCUUUGUUAUUUGAAAUAGAACAGAAGAAAUAUGAUUCAUUGAUUGCAUAAUCAUGACAAAGGGAUUUGAUCUUUCAAAGAUUUCAGAAUCGUUACAGUUUGGUAUCAAAAAGCUUGGGUUUUAUUUAUGAGCAGAUCCUGAGAGGCAAGAUGGAUUCCUCAACAAAUUUGAAAUAGUUUUUGACUCUAUUUCAAAAACUAAUCUGAGAAAUAGCUUAAAAGAAAUUGAAUUAACAACUUCUGAGAAAUACGAACACUUCAAGGAUGAAAUGAUACAAAAAUAUGACUUGGACCAUAUAAAACUCAAAAUCUCUCAUACCAGAGACUACUAACC